UUACACUUGGCACAAUGCAGGCAGGCAAGUACUGUUCUCCCGGCAACCACCAAACCCAGACAUGUUCAUGGGAUUGCCAGACAGAAGCAUGAUUCGUCACUCCAGAGAAUGUGUCUCCACUGCUCUAGAGUCAAGUGGUGGUUGGCUGAGUUGCUGUUGUUCCCAGUUGCUUCCACUUUGUUAUAAUACCACUAACAGUUGACCGUGGAAUAUUUAGUAGCAAGGAAAUUUCACAAAUGGAUUUUAUUGCACAGGUGGCAACCUAUCACGGUACCACGCUUGAAUUCACCGACC